AUGAUAGUGUCACCACGGAGGCUGGUAGGACCUGGCUACAACGGUAGAAUGAUAGUGUCACCACGGAGGCUGGUAGGACCUGGCUACAACGGUAGAAUGAUAGUGUCACCACGGAGGCUGGUAGGACGUGGCCAGAACGGUGGAAUGAUAGCAGAACCACGGAGGCUGAUAGGACCUGACCAGAACGGUGGAAUGAUAGUGUCGCCACGGAGGCUGGUACGACCUGGCCAGAACGGUGGAAUGACAGUGGCACCAUGGAGGCUGGUAGGACCUGUCCCGAACGGAGGAACAAUAGUGGCACCUAGGAGGCUGGUAGGACGUGGUCAGAACGGUGGAAUUAUAGUGGCACCACAGAGGCUGGUAGGACGUGGCCAGAACGAUGGAAUGAUAGCAGAACCACGGAGGCUGGUAGGACCUGGCCAGAACGGUGGAAUGAUAGUGGCGCCACGGAGGCUGGUACGACCUGGCCAGAACGGUGGAAUGAUAGUGGCGCCACGGAGGCUGGUAGGACCUGGCCAGAACGGUGGAAUGAUAGUGGCACCACAGAGGCUGGUAGGACCUGUCCAGAACGGUGGAAUAAUAGUGGCCCCUUGGAGGCUGGUAGGACCUGGCCAGAACGGUGGUAUGAUAGCGGCACCGCGGAGGCUGGUAGGACCUGGCCAGGACCGCAGGAUGACCGUGGUUGCGUGA